UUCCUGUACCCUCCUCAAUUGACCCAGUUGUUGGGGCAUCCAUCAUGCUGAAGGGCAUGACAGCUCAGUUCUUGGUUCGCCGUUGUUUCAAGGUUGAACCUGGUCAUACUGUCCUUGUACAAGCAGCAGCUGGUGGAGUUGGAUCCCUAUUGUGCCAGUGGGCAAAUGCACUUGGCGCAACGGUUAUUGGAACUGUAUCUAGUAAAGAGAAGGCAGCUCAAGCCAAGGAGGAUGGCUGCCAUCAUACUAUAAUCUAUACGGAAGAGGAUUUUGUUGCUCGAGUCAACGAAAUUACAUCUGGAAAUGGAGUCGAAGUAGUUUAUGAUUCAGUAGGAAAGGAUACUUUUCAGGGAUCUUUGGCGUGUUUAAAACUUCGAGGCUACUUGGUAAAUUUCGGGCAGUCAUCAGGUACUCCCGAUCCCGUUCCAUUGUCUACCCUGGCUGCGAAAUCCUUGUUCUUGACAAGGCCAAGUCUAAUGCAAUACAAUGUCACUCGUGACGAGCUAUUGGAGUCUGCUGGAGAGGUGUUUACUAAUGUUGCUUCUGGUGUGUUGAAGGUGCGAGUUAACCAUACUUACCCUUUGUCUGAGGCUGCAAAAGCACAUGAAGAUCUUGAGAAUAGGAAGACCUCAGGGUCUAUUGUGUUGAUACCUUGAUGAUGCUAUCAGUUUGUAUGUAAUAAAUGUUCUAACUUCUAAGCACCUGGUUCUUGUUCUGUCUUUUUUAUUUCUCUUUGAAUGGAAACGGGUUAUAGAUUGUAACAUGUAGAUAAUGUUUGGUAUGGUAUUCGUCAGGUUGUUAUAUGAUUAAAAGAAUAAUUUUGUUAUCAUUCUCUGAAGAUUAGAGUUAUGUGACGCUCUUUCUGGUUCA